CUGCUGGCGCAGCGCGGGGGUCACUUCCGGCUGUGGGGGGCGCUCGGGGUCUGCAUCCGGGUCGCGGGUGGCUUCCGGCUGGCGGCGGUCGCGGCUCUGCUCCAAGAAUUGCUGUUACUGAGGACUCCAAAUGCCAGAUAACCAGCCUGCUCCAGAGUAACCAUGAAAGAGGCAAGGUAGCUGCCCGAGAGUGAACCACAAUCCUAUUUCGAUGGAUACAAAACACAAAGACGAUUUAUUUAGGAAAUAUGUACAGUUCCACGAAUCCAAACUGAAUGCCUCUGAUAAGCAGUGUCCUAUUAAUGAUGAAUAUCUGCGAGUGGCAGCAUCAGCCUUGCUCUGCCUUCCCAAAAUCGAUCCCUAUUAUAGAUUCCGGUUGAUUAAAUUUUAUGAGAUGGCUGAAAACUCCCUCAGAUCUCUGAAAUCUUCAAGUUUACAUUCUCUCCAUAGUGCAUUCAGUAUGCUGGAGACAGUUGGGAUUAAUGUCUUUCUUUAUCCCUGGAAAAAGGAAUUCAAAACUAUUAAGACCUACACAGGACCCUUUGUUUAUUAUGUAAAGUCAACAUUAAUUGAAGAGGAUGUAAGACAGAUUCUGAACUACAUGGGGUAUGUCCAAGAACUGGGAACAGCAUAUAAGCUCAGAGAGCAGGUUGAUACCAUCCAGGUGAAAAUGGUUUCAUUUGAACUCUUCUUAGCCAAAAUAGAAUGUGAACAGCUGCUCAAAAUUCACUUACAAGUGAAGGAUAAAGGUUAUUUGGAGCUUGACAUCGUAAAUGAACGAAAAAAUAGCAAUGAAGAUGUUAGAAGCUGCUCUGAAACAAUGAGACGGCGUGCAGAAUGCAAAGAAAACUUGAAUACUUCCAUGGCACGAAUGGUACUUCAGAAAUCAGCUAGUGAAAGGGCCUCCUCUAAAGAUUAUUUUAAGCCAAAAGUGACCAAGCCUUCUAAAUCAGUGGACACGUACGACAGUUACUGGGAAAGUAAGAAGCCCCCUCUGAUGAGUUCGCAUAGUCUCAGAAAAGACCCAAUUUUGGUGGAUGCUGAAGAUGACAUUAAAGAUGAAAUAAUUCGGCCAUCUCCCUCUCUUCUUGCAAUGUCAAGCUCACUGCAUGGGUGUUCAGAUGACUUCUUGACAACUUCAUCUCAUCCUAAUGGCAUGUUAAGAACAAACGUUGGAUACAGCUCCUAUUUUUCUCCUCAAGAUGACUUAGAUUUAUAUACUGAUCCUGAUGCCAGAAGUAUGUUAAAUUUUAAAAGACAGGAAACACCUAAACCUGAUGUAUGGGUAAUAAGAAAUGAUGUCAACCCCAUUUACCACAAACGUACCCAUCUAGCCAAAGAGACAGCUUCCCUCAAGUGCCAAAAUUGUGGCUUAUCUUGUGGCAGUUCUGUGUGUCAAAAAUGUGACAAUCUGUUUAACACUAGGCAGGAAUAUCCAGUGGUGAAACAAAGCAGCUACUCGAUCAAAACAGUGCCAAGUGAUGGCUUGUCUCCUGCAUCUGCUUUGAGAGAGAAAACUCAGUACACACCACAGACUCAGAGUCAAGAGAGAGCUGCUCAACUAAGUUCAAAAUCCAAAUCUUCAGGCACCUUGCGCUGUGGUUUUUGUAACCGAUUGGGAGCUGCAAACACAUGCACAUUCUGUUCAAAAGUCUCAUGUGACGCUUGCCUCAAUGCUUAUUUUUAUGAUCCAUGCUGUAGAAAAAGUGAGCUCCAUAAAUUCAUGCCUAAUAAUCAGUUAAACUAUAAAUCGGCCCAGAUGCCCCAUCUUGUUUAUAGAUAGACUUGAACAACCCGUGUCUGGGGGGGGAGGGGCAAAAGGGCUAACAAUUAAUUUUUCUGACUCUACAGUAAGAAACAUUAUAGUGACCUCUCUCUGUAAAACAUGUGCCCCAGUAUCUGGAAAUACAUUUCAGUGAUUAUCGGUGCCAGGUUUUGUUUUUGUGGCUUCAAUGCUACAAAACCAUUAGAGUUCAUGCUGCUAUCAUUUAUGUGACUCUUAACUAAUUACUGCUUUACAUCUUACAUGGGGGAGAAGAGCACAUUUUUCCUUUUAAAUCUUGGCAGCUGUUGCACUUUAACGAAGUGACAUUACACCUUUGUAUUACAUUUGUAGUUGUCAUUUUGCCCACAUACAGUUGCAUAAGGAUAGACAAGGACUAAGGAAUUAAGAUCUGCAUUUUCAGUGGAUUAUGAAUCUACUGCCUGUUUUGAGUACAAAUUCAAAAUGGUCCAGAAAUAUUUGCUAAUGACUUUGUAUGCCAAAAAGGACUCUCUUCUUUGGCUGCAUUUCCUGAGCUCGAAAAUGUAAACACCAGGACAUCUCUUUUUGUCUUAUUUCUUUCUUCUCCCCUUCUUCCCCAAGAUGUUUAUCUCAAGCUUAUACAAUCUGGAUUUGAACAUUAUGUGCUUUAUUUUCUAGUGUUGCCAAUACCAUCCUACUGGUUUUUACUGUGUGGUAUUUUAAAAAGGUGAAUCUGUAUAUGUGUCACUUAAAUUAUGCCUGGAGUGUUGUCUUUCUGGAUGAAAACUGAGUUUAUUCACUUUGUCACACACGUAUUAAAUCCCGUUCUUUGCACUGUACAUAGGUAUUUGAAAACAGUUUAUUUUUUAAUAAAUAUAUUCAAUAAUGUUGAGUUCUUAAGUGGUAAAAUCAUUAUAUAACUAUGAAGUCUCUCUGGGUUAUUUGUUCAGGUGACUUUUUUUUACUUGUACUGUACUUCACAGCUUAUUAUAGUCACUGUGGCAGACUGCUGUUAUUUACUCAGAAAGAGUUCAUUGUUUUGUUUGCCUUUUUUUUAGACCCAUAGUUCUCACUUGGGCAAGACUCCCACUAAGCUAACUGCAGUCUUGUCUAAGGGCUGUAGGAUUUUGGCUCGAAGUACGUAUUCUCUUCCAUUUAUGUUUAUGGGAGUUGAGUAGGUUAGAAAAUACACCUACCUCCAAUGCAAAGUCUAGCCUGGCUCAGGAGGUGAGGGUGGUGACCCAUUAAAAAAACAAAACAGAUGUAGCUUGGGUGAUUUCCAUGACAGUAAAUCUGCACAUGAAUUGCAUAGUUGAACUUAUUUGAAAUACCAAAACAACUCUAGUCUUGGAUUGCACUUUCUUGUGUUAAGUAUGGUACAAUAUGACCCAAAGCCCAUUUAAACUAUACCUUUUCAUGAAUUGAAUUUAGCCUUAUGUUCAAAGGAAAGCUGCCAGAUCCACUUAACUUAUUCUUUUCCAUAAAGACAAACUGAUCAAGGCAAAACAUUGGGCGACUCAGUUUGAGCUUUGCAGUUAAAAGUUGGAAAUCCUCUAAUAACAGUAAAUUUAAAUAAUCCACUGUGCACUGAAAUCAUACACUUUAUUUUUUUUGGACAUUGUAAGAAUCUGUGCUUUUAAAUUUAAAUGUCCAUUAACCCCUUUAUAUGAUGGAAACAUGCAUGAAUGAUUGGUUGCAAUUUUUAAAAUGUUAUUGCUGUUUAAUUCAUUUUUACUGGCUGAGAGUGGGGGGUGGGGAGAGGGGCAAAGAAUGUAAGAGCUAAAAUACUUUAGCCAUAACUGAGUGUCAAAAGCAUGAUGGAAAUGAGGCAAACCCUGGGUUUCAUGAAAAGCUGAGAAUAACAAGCUACUGUAUAGCUUGUAUUUAAUUUAAAGAGAAUGAAUGGCACAUGAUUAACUAUCAGGAGACUUGCAGAAAUUGAAUGACUGCAACUAAACAAUGCUACAGGAAAGUACUAUCUUGCUGAUUCUGAAGGUUAGGGUAAAUACUGCUUAGGAGAAUGAUUUCAAGAUUUUUCAAAAUCUUGUAUGGCUUUUUUAAUAAAUAUAUAAAUAUAUAUAUGUGUAUAUAUACUAGAACACAUGUAGAUAUAGUAUGUAUAUAAUGCAAAACUUAAAAUGAUUUUACUAUUAAAAUACCUUCUGUAAGGGUGGCGCCCAUUUCAGUAGUUUUGUUUCUAGACAUCUUUCUGACCUGUCAUGCCUGUUUGGCUGCUAUCCAGUGUAUCUCCUAACCCACUAGUUCUGUUUCCAUAUUGCUAUUCGCACUACAGUAAAUAACUAAAACUGUGAUGCCACGUAACUUGUACAGUGAACAUAGCAGGGACUAUAUUUGCUUUGAAAAAGAAGUCCUGUGUGUAUAUGUCAUUGAACACUGUAGUACAAAAUUGUGUUGAAUUCAAAUGAUACCAUGCUCUAUUUUUUGUGUAUCUUACUGUAUGAGGUUGCUGUGAUUGAGACAGUAAAAUAUAUGCUAAUUUAAAAUGCA